AUGGAAGAAGCACCACGCUCCGCCUCACGCUCACGGCGCUCUUACCCUAAUCUUCAAAAUCUCUCCCUUGCACCCCUCACCGCCAAAUACCCCCUCGAUGCCUCCGCACCGCCCUCACCCGAAGACCGGACCCGCACACCGCGCACUUCCUACAUUGCCCAAAAGUCGGCUCCAACCACCCCAGGCAUCCUCAGUCUGAGCCAAUCCCGCAGCAACUCGCGGAAUCGUGCCAAAAAGGCUUACGCCUACGAUGGCUACUUCAUCGACACGUCGGUCCGCGAGAUCGGCGACGUACCCAAAGCAAAAAGCACAAGCACCCUCCUACACCAUCCCCACGGUGUCAGCUUCGCAGACCAAACCCCUAUUGUACUCGGCCCCGAAACCAAGAAAUUGAACCAAGGCAGACACCACACGCGGAAACGCACAGCACCGCUCCCAGCACCACGUACACCACUUUCCCGGCCCCACCAACACAACCACCACCAUAAACGCCACACAGAAGAAUCCAAAGAAGAAUGGCUUCACCGCGCCGGUCUGGCCAUCGCCAGCGAAUCGCGCGAUAGCAAAGGCCAAGGCUGGCUCAUCAGCCGAGAAAGCUCAACGAGCCUCGUCGGCCAAGCAGACAACUACGACCUCGAACCCCAACGCAUGGCCCUCCUCUCCGGCCACCACAUCACCGACCCAGACUACCCGAACCCCUCCUUCUUCUCCCCCCAUAUCUCCCACGCAGGCAGCCGAAUCCCCUCUCGCGUGCACUCCCGCGCCCCCAGCGCCCGUCAGAGCCGCAGGACCAGCAGAGUAGGAUCCCGCGUCGAUCUCCUCGCACCAGGCCACUCGCACCCUUGCCUCGACCCCGCCGAAUCCACCCCCCUCGACCUCGUCACCGACGACCCUUAUCCCGAACCAGACUUCUUGGGCGCCCCAGAGGAAGACGACGACGACAACCAAUCCACCUCGACAACUUCCGACCCCGACGAAGUCCACCUCGCCCGACUCGCGCGCGAACCCGCCUUUGGAAUCGCCGGCUGGCUCGACCGCUUCAUUGGCUGGUCUCUGUUUUCCGUGACUGAGGAUGGCGAGGCGAGUUCCGAUGACGAUGACGACAAUGCGGAUGAAGAUCGGCUCCACUAUCAACACCAGCAACAGCCCCCUCAAUUGGCAAAUCUCACCAGAGACGAGUUGAAGUUGCGGCGCGAGGUCGAGGCGAAGAGGCGCAAGUUGGAGAGGGAGGGUGUGGUGGCUGCGGCGGCUGUAGGGGGGACGGGUGCGGGGGAUAGGGAUGCGGGGGAUGCGGGAGGUGGGGAUGAUGAUGCUCGGCGGUCUGAGGAGGUGGAGGAGGUGGGAGGAUGGCACGAUGCAGCGUGGUUGUUGAGUGUAGCUUCGAAAGCACUGUUAUCGUGA